GGGGGGGGGGGUUUUUUUUUAAAAAAAUAAAAAAAGAAGAAAGAAAGAAAGAAAGAGAAAAAAGCGAGGUUAGCCUUCUCCUCUUUCCUCGCUCGCCUUUCUCCGCCAGCCGGCCUGGGGCUGUCGGAUCUUCCUCCAAGAAGGACGGGAACUUUUUAUUUUCAGCUCUCUCGGCCUGUGGCGAAUGGUUGGAGUCUCCAGUCCUUUUCGGUAAAAGAUUGAUCACUGGACUGGUGAACGUAAUAGCUGUCCCAGUCAGAAAAGGAGAGAGGAAAUUAGCAGGAAGAUUGGUGGAAAAUGAUAUCUGUCAAAAGAAACACUUGGAGAGCACUGAGUUUAGUAAUAGGUGACUGCCGGAAAAAAGGGAACUUUGAAUUUUGCCAAGAUCGGAUUGAGAAGCAUUCCACAAUGCCAGAUUCACCUGUGGAUGUGAAGACACAAUCCAGGCUGACCCCUCCAACAAUGCCUCCUCCCCCAACUACCCAAGGAGCCCCAAGAACCAGUUCUUUCACACCCACAACAUUAACUAAUGGCACGAGCCAUUCACCAACAGCUUUGAAUGGGGCUCCUUCCCCACCAAAUGGCUUUAGCAAUGGCCCAUCCUCCUCCUCCUCCUCGUCUUUGGCUAAUCAGCAAUUACCACCAGCUUGUGGAGCUCGGCAGCUUAGCAAACUGAAGAGAUUUCUUACAACCUUACAGCAAUUUGGCAAUGACAUUUCACCAGAGAUUGGGGAGAGAGUGCGUACCCUUGUGCUAGGACUUGUGAACUCUACUUUGACAAUUGAAGAAUUUCAUUCCAAACUGCAAGAAGCCACUAACUUCCCACUGCGACCUUUUGUCAUCCCAUUUUUGAAGGCCAAUUUGCCCCUGCUACAGCGGGAGCUCCUACAUUGUGCAAGGCUGGCCAAGCAAAAUCCCGCCCAGUACCUCGCUCAGCAUGAGCAGCUGCUUCUGGAUGCCAGCACCACCUCACCUGUUGACUCCUCAGAGCUGCUUCUCGAUGUGAACGAAAACGGGAAGAGGCGAACUCCAGACAGAACCAAAGAAAAUGGCUUUGACAGAGAGCCUUUGCACUCAGAGCAUCCAAGCAAGCGGCCGUGCACUAUUAGCCCGGGCCAGCGGUACAGUCCAAAUAACAGCUUGUCUUACCAGCCUAAUGGUCUGCCUCACCCUACUCCGCCUCCACCUCAGCAUUACCGUUUGGAUGAUAUGGCCAUUGCCCACCACUACAGGGACUCAUACAGACACCCCAACCACAGGGACCUCAGGGACAGAAACAGACCUAUGGGGUUGCAUGGGACACGUCAAGAAGAAAUGAUUGAUCAUAGACUAACAGAUAGAGAAUGGGCCGAAGAAUGGAAACACCUUGACCAUCUCUUAAAUUGCAUCAUGGACAUGGUAGAAAAAACAAGGCGAUCUCUCACUGUGCUACGGCGAUGUCAAGAAGCUGACCGGGAAGAACUUAAUUACUGGAUACGGCGGUACAGCGAUGCAGAGGAUUUAAAAAAAGGCAACGGUAGCAAUCAUUCUAGGCAGCAGAGUCCAGUGAACCCGGAUCCCAUCCCUUUAGACUCACAUCGGGAAUUCCUUCACAGGCCUGCUUCUGGAUAUGUGCCAGAGGAGAUCUGGAAGAAAGCUGAGGAAGCAGUCAAUGAAGUAAAACGGCAAGCAAUGACCGAGUUGCAGAAGGCAGUGUCAGAGGCAGAACGGAAAGCCCAUGAUAUGAUUACUUCGGAGAGAGCUAAAAUGGAGCGCACAGUGGCAGAGGCCAAGCGACAGGCUGCAGAGGAUGCAUUAAGUGUGAUCAAUCAGCAAGAGGAUUCUAGUGAGAGUUGCUGGAACUGUGGCCGUAAAGCCAGCGAAACUUGCAGUGGUUGCAACACUGCCCGUUACUGUGGCUCAUUUUGCCAACAUAAAGACUGGGAGAAACAUCACCACCUCUGUGGACAGACUCUACAGGCCCAGCCACAAGGGGAGACACCAGCAGUCAGCUCCUCCGCAACACCGAAUAGUGGAGCCGGGAGCCCCAUCGACACCCCACCAGCAGCUACUCCUAGGUCAAACACCCCUGGAACUCCAAGCACCAUAGAGUCAACUCCUCGCUAAGACUGAACUUUAAAAUACUUAAAGACAAAUACAAAACAAAACAAAAUCCUCAUCCUCAGAUACUCAAAGGUUUCUACUGAACUUUCACAUUUCAAUAUUAUAAAAGAAAUUAUACUGUAUCUUGAGGUAGAAGCAAAACCCAGAAGGCCAGUAACGGGUCAUAAUGACUUAUUCUGGAUAACAAAGAUAUCUUUUCUUUAGGAAACAGAGAAGAUUGAACAUACACACAAUGAUAGAUUUGACCUCCUCCCUGUUAUUUUCCAGUAGCUGGGAUUUUAAACUAGGUGACCUCAUUAACACAAUGCUUUACCAAACAGCAAACCAAGAGAUUGCUAAUUGCUGUUGAAAGCAAAAAUGCUAAUAAUAUAAAGUCACAAUGUUCUUUGUAACAAAAAAUGGAUUUUUUUUAAUUGCGAGAAAGAGAGAGAGAAUGAGAGAGAGAGAGAGAGAAAGUAAGUAAGAAAGAAAACAAACCCCCUCAUGGGCUUAAGCAUUGGAUAAAGCAGCAGACAUUUUAAUAAGAAGAUGAAUAGCGUCCAUGGGUUACUGACUUGAACUCUGAAGACCCGUAUCAAAAACACGCAGAUGUGCAGCAGAUUGGAAGGAGACACAGAUGUUCAUUUUUUUUUCUUGUUUCUGAAUGAAAUAAUAAUAUCCAGGUCAACAGAAUGAAAAAUGGAAGAUGAUUGCAGUGGGAUGAAGGACUUAAAAGAGCAGCAAAGGGGAAAAAAAUACCGUCACACAAAGAUCUCCUCUUCUUUUCUGUCCUUUGUUUCGUUUUUUUUUUUUGGUGGGGAUUAUUUUUCUGUUUUGUUUUGGUUUUGUAUUUUUUUUUUUAGAACAGAAAUAAGAACACAGCCUGCAGUUAAUUAGCAUUUUGGCAGCUAUAAUAUCAACCAGCUGCCUCUAUCCUUCCCCUUCUCAAAAAAGGAAAAAAAAACAAGCUUCAAAAUUUCCUUCACUUUUUUUACAAGCUUCCACAGAGGAAGGCCAUCCGGUCUGUUUCGCCUCGUCCGUUUUUGUAUCAGCGAUGGUGACAAUGCAGUGACUCCAGCUCCAGAUCUCAUCCAAAUUCUUUCCAUCUUAUCCUGUCUGGGUUAUUAAUUUUUUUUAAAAAAAUUAAAAAUAAGGAAAAAUAUAGUAGUUCUCUUGGUGUAAAAGCACUUCUGUCCUGUGAGGUUUCCCAAUUGUGUUUUUUUUUUUCCUUGUAAAUGUGUUGGGGCAAAUGUGAAAAUGCAUUGUAGUUAACUAUGCUCACAUUUAAGUCUUCUUUAUUACUAGUAGGUGAGAAACUUUCUAUGCUGCUUUUAUAUCUGUCUGUAGUAGUAAUAUUUCUCUAGAAGGUCAAAAGAAAAGAAAAAAAAAAGAAACCCCCCUCCUUUUUUCAUUUCUCCUGAAGAAAAGAAAAGGAAAAAAGCUAUCUUUCGGAGCUGCUAUUUCACUCUCUUAUAGGGGGAAAAACAUUCUGAAAUCUAGCAUGCUUCCUGGAAUGCUAAAAUAUUGGUGUUUUUCUAAGAGGGAUGUACAUAAAUGUAUUUUGCACUGUCAUAAUGACUCCUAGGCAUGCUUUUUUGGGGCAAACUCUUUUUAAAGAUGCUAGAGCCAUUUCACCGAAUUUAUCUGUAGGUUAGAAUAGUGGUGGGUUAUUUUUUUAAUUUUUCUCUUCCCUCCUUUUUUGUUUUGUUUUGUGUUGUUUUGUUUUUCUUUUUUCUUUUGCAAAAUUCAUUAAUAUGUAUUUUAUAAAAAAAAAAUAAAAAUAAAACAGGCUAUCAUACUUUUUUAAUAAAAAGCAGUGCAUGCAUUAUCACUGUAAGGUUGUACGGUAUUUCUGAUUUUACAAAAUAGAAAUUAUGAUGAUUAGAGCUCCAAAUGCUGAGAUGUAGAUUGACAGCUUUAACACUGCUGAAUGCCAGGUUUAUAUUACAGUAUUAUUACAAAAAAAAAACAAAAAAAAAGGGAAGUCAGCCAAAGACUGAUUUGAUGGACCAAAAUCUGAGUUCUGAAAGCAUUGUUUCUAUUUUCCAAAUUAUCAGCAGGUUAAACAUGUUCAGCAAAGGCAUAAUGCACAUUCAUUUAACCCUUCAUUGUCCAUUGUCUAGGCCAGAAAUAUUUGUAAAUGUAAACAACCCAUAAGAUGGUUAUGUGCUUUUCUACCAAGUAAGCCAUGAAAUAAAUUGGGUUUAAUAUCUUUAUUGAAUGCCACUGUAGAAGGCAUUCCUAAAUAUUUUUAUUUGAAGCUUCUUCCAAGAAAAACAAAACAAAACAAUUCUGUGCCAUACAGUUAAAGUGGAUUGGAUAGGCCUGGAUACAAAGAACUCCCUCAGUUACAGAGCUGCUCAGUGGUUACAGACAGUUUGUUUAAAUAUCUCUAUUACAGAUAGUCCUAAUUUAACCAACUACUUGCUCCGUGACCGUUCAGUGAUGGCACUGAAUAAUGAAACAUGCAUCUGGUCCUUGAAUUUGUGGCCACUGCAGUGUCCCUGCAGUCAUGGGAGCAUGAUUCGCUUGGCAACCAGUGCACAAUGAUCUCAGCAUCCCACAGUCACACAAUCACCAUUUUCAACUUUUUCAGCUAGCUGCUGAAAAGCAAAGUCAUUGGGGAAGCCAGCAGGAAUUCACAAGUUGCAGUUACAUUAUGUACUUAAUAACUAUAGAGCUGUGGUGGCACAAUGGUUAGAAUGCAGCAUUAAAUGCUAAUUCUGCCAACUGCCAGCAGUUUGUUUCUCACCAGCUCAAGGUUGACUCAGCCUUCCAUCUUUCCAAGGUCGGUAAAAUGAGGACCCAGAUUGUUGGGGGCAACAUGCUGACUCUGUAAACUGCUUAGAGAGGGCUGUAAAGCACUGUGAAGUGGUAAAUAUGUCUAAGUGCUAUUGCUAUUGCUAUUCACUUAAUGA